UCUCGCUUCUUCCUCCUUCCCCCUCUCCGUUUCUUUCUCCAAUACCUCUAAUGGCGGACAAGCUAGCUCUCCCUCUUCUUCUUCCAAGCACUCCUUCCUCAAAACCCUUGUUUCACGACCAAAACCACCACCACCAACUCUCUAGAACGCCCUUUCUUACAUCGCCACUUUCAUCACAACCUCCACCACCUCCAGUAGAACCUCUCCUCCACGACGUCUUCCUCCACCAAAACCCUAAUUCGAGAAAACCCAUAACCCCACAAACCCCUAAAAACCGUAACCGGACCCGAAUCGGAAAAUCCCGCGACCCUAACCUCGGGAAACCUUGGUCCUACAAUGGCUUAUCUCCACAAGGUCAGCAAAUCCUCCGUUCGUUAAUCGAACCGUCUUUCGAUUCCGGCCAACUAGACGCUCUUCUCUCUCAGCUAUUCGAGCCGUAUAAAGAUAAUCAAAUGGAGUCUUCGUCGUCUUCUUCUACUUCCUCAGAGUUAGUCGCUCUUCUUAAAGGAUUAGGAUUCCACAAGAGAUUCGAUUUGGCGUUGAGUGCGUUUGAUUGGUUUAUGAAGCAAAAGGAUUAUCAAAUCAUGUUGGAUAACUCUGUUGUUGCUGUAGUUAUCUCAAUGUUGGGUAAAGAAGGAAGAGUCUCUUCCGCUUCGAUUUUGUUCAAUGGUUUGCUUGAAAAAGGGUUUUCACUCGAUGUUUACUCGUACACUUCGCUGAUAUCGGCGUUUGCGAAUAGUGGAAGGUAUAGAGAUGCUGUAAUGGUGUUUAAGAAGAUGGAGGAAGAAGGUUGUAAACCGACUUUGAUUACUUACAACGUUAUUCUGAAUGUAUUUGGGAAAAUGGGUACUCCUUGGAACAAGAUCAUGUCCCUCGUGAAGAAGAUGAAGAGUGAAGGGAUUGCUCCUGAUGCGUAUACGUAUAACACGCUUAUAACUUGUUGUAAAAGAGGCUCUUUGCACGAAGAAGCUGCUCGGGUUUUCGAGGAGAUGAAGGUUGCUGGGUUUAGUCAUGAUAAGGUUACUUACAACGCGUUGUUAGAUGUUUAUGGUAAGUCUCAUCGGCCUAAAGAAGCUAUGAAGGUUUUGAAUGAGAUGGAGCUUAGUGGGUUUACACCGAGCAUUGUGACUUAUAACUCGUUGAUAUCUGCUUAUGCGCGUGAUGGGAUGCUUGAUGAAGCAAUGGAGCUUAAGAACCAGAUGGUGGAGAAGGGAAUGAAGCCUGAUGUUUUCACUUACACGACGCUUUUAUCGGGAUUCGAGAGAGCUGGGAAGGUUGAAUCCGCUAUGAGUGUCUUUGAAGAGAUGAGAAACGCUGGAUGCAAACCGAAUAUUUGUACUUUUAAUGCGUUUAUAAAGAUGUAUGGGAACAGGGGAAAGUUUGCAGAGAUGAUGAAGAUAUUCGAUGAGAUUAACGUGUGUGGUCUUUCUCCAGACAUUGUCACUUGGAACACGCUAUUAGCAGUGUUUGGCCAAAACGGGAUGGAUUCAGAAGUGUCGGGUGUAUUCAAGGAGAUGAAGAGAGCAGGUUUCAUACCCGAAAGAGAGACUUUCAACACGCUAAUCAGUGCUUAUAGUCGAUGUGGCUCCUUUGAACAAGCUAUGACUGUUUACAGGCGGAUGCUUGAAGCUGGAGUCACUCCUGAUCUUUCCACUUAUAAUACUGUGUUGGCAGCUUUGGCACGUGGAGGAAUGUGGGAACAAUCUGAGAAAGUUCUUGCAGAGAUGGAAGAUGGUCGAUGCAAACCGAAUGAAUUAACUUACUGUUCUCUUCUUCACGCAUAUGCAAACGGCAAGGAGAUAGGUCGGAUGCAUUUCUUAGCGGAAGAAGUGUAUUCUGGAGUUAUCGAGCCUCGAGCUGUGCUUUUGAAGACGCUAGUCUUGGUUUGUAGUAAAUGUGAUCUUUUGCCAGAGGCUGAACGUGCAUUCUCUGAGCUUAAAGAAAGAGGGUUUUCACCAGACAUAACCACAUUGAACUCCAUGGUUUCGAUAUACGGAAGAAGGCAGAUGGUGGCUAAGGCGAACGAAGUCUUGGACUACAUGAAAGAGAUGGGUUUCACACCGAGCAUGGCGACUUACAAUAGCCUCAUGUAUAUGCAUAGCCGGUCCACGGAUUUCGGGAAAUCCGAGGAGGUCUUGAGGGAGAUACAGGCUAAAGGGAUCAAACCAGAUAUCAUAUCUUACAACACAGUCAUUUACGCGUAUUGUAGGAAUACUCGGAUGAGAGAUGCUUCUAGAAUAUUCGCAGAGAUGAGGGAGUCAGGGAUUGUUCCUGAUGUUAUCACCUACAAUACGUUUAUUGGUUCUUAUGCGGCUGAUUCGAUGUUUGAGGAGGCCAUUGGGGUCGUUAGGUACAUGAUCAAGAAUGGUUGUAGACCGAACCAAAACACAUAUAACUCCAUUGUCGAUGGUUACUGCAAGUUAAACAGGAAAGAUGAAGCAAAGCUGUUUGCUGAAGAUCUGAGGAAUCUUGAUCCACAUGCACCUAAAGAUGAGGAUCGUAGGUUACUGGAACGCAUACUGAAGAAACGGCCAUAAGAUCUUCAGGAUUCUACAUUGAGGACUAUUGGCUGUGCCUGCUUAUCUGCUUAUCGCGAUAAGCUAUACAAUAUCCGUAGCUGACCCUUCAUCAGUUUCACUUGUACAGAUGAAACCCGAAGUAUGAAACUGUAUAGGCCGUUGGUGGUUUUUUGUUAGCGAUGUAUGGAACAGAUGCUCUUACCCGGUUCAAACUCUGCCCAUCUCUGUUCCAGAUGAUCUCUCUGGUGAUGGGAAAUGGAACUAGUUUUGCUUAAAAUGAUGUGAAAGGGCUUAUAAACUAUGGGUAUUGGAGCAUGAUUGCCUAAGUUGUUACAUUAGAAAGAAGUAGAGAUCUUUUGCUUUUUGUUGUGUGAGGCUGAGAACUACGAAUCAUAGUGGUUGAUUUAUAAGAUCAGUUACUGUAUAUGUUGUCAGAUGUAUUGUAGCUUUAUA